AUGGCGGCGUACUACGACGAGGUCCGCAAGCUCGAAGACAAGUUUGGCGGACUAGAACUCAACCACGUCGCAAGACGCUUCAACGAGGCAGCUGACGAGCUGGCAAAGGCGGCAUCCGACCGAAAGCCCAUCCCCGACGGCGUCUUCGUCAGCGACCAGUACAAGCCCUCUAUCCGCUACAAAGAGCCGGGAAGGGUCGGCGAUGCGCCACCUGCCCCAAACUCGGACGCUGACCCAGGAGAGGUCGGCAACGCGCCACCUGCCCAGGGAUCGGGCAUCGACCCUGAGGUCAUGGAGAUUGAUGCGAACCCAAGAAAGGCGUUGAUUGAGGACAUCCACACCGGAGCCUGCGGCCACCACGCCGCACCAAGAACCCUCAUUGGGAACGCCUUCCGGCAGGGCUUCUACUGGCUGACGACGGUCGUCGACACCACCCACGUGGGGCUCCGGCUCAAGUCACUUGACAUCUUCUCAAAACACCAUUUCUCCGAGCUGACUCUCUUCCUAAAUGUUUGGGCGUGA